AUGGCUGUUUGUUUCAUAAAGGAAACUACUCACAAAAUUGCUGAAAACUCUUCGACAACCCACGACCGGUUUCGUCCUUCUUGGGGUUCAUCAGUGAGCUACCCACCUGCCGCUCCAGAACUUUUGAAAAUGCCGGUUUUUGACGCAAUCAGUGUAUCGCUUUUCAUUCAGCCGGGUUGCCAUUACCAUACACUGCUUGACUAG